AUGCGAAUACCGAGAAACUCAAGGUUGUUCUGUCUGCUAAUAUCGCUCUCUUUUAUACCCCCUCUCUGUAUCCUUUUCGGUGUAUUGGCAUACCUCAACGAAUCUAUGAGGAUUUGUUUACCAUUCUCAAUCGAACGAAUAUCUCUCACUGCUCAUAGAAAACUGUCUUGUCAACCACCCUCAUCAAAUUAUCUGAAUAGACCGUAUAGCACUGGAUUGAAAGGGAUCAUGGCUCAAGCUGAAGCUGAUGCUGUAAAUGGUAAUACCAUUCAGGAAGGGAGAUUAGCGGGCUUUCUGAGAAGUCAGAAAGAGAGUUUCUUAGAUGACUUGAAGAAAGGUAAUGCCAAAGGAUGGACGGUGGUCAUGGGGAAUGAAGCGGGAGACCUCGACUCGAUUGCAUCAUCUAUAUCAUACUCUUACUUAUCCUCCUCACUCGACGCCAAACGAUCCAUCCCCUUAAUCCUCACACCCUCAAACCUCAUGACCCUCCGACCCGAGAACCUCCUCGCUCUCAAACUCUCUUCCGUUCCUCUCGACUCAUUACUCCAUCCUGAACAAUUAUCCAUCCCUACAAACGAACUUUCCUCUAAGGGCGUGAAAUUUGGACUGGUAGAUCACAACAAGCUCUUACCGCUUUUUAUACCUUCUUCAUCUAAUACCGACACUGCCACCCAAUCACCUGGGCCUAUCACCAACGGUAACGUAGGGGAAGAUUCGGUCGAAUCGAUAAUUGAUCAUCACGAUGAUGAACAUUCUCAUCCCAAUGCGGAAGUAAGGGAAAUCACCGUCCCAACUGGAAGUUGUGCAUCAUUAGUGACGAAGCAUUUCCAAGAUCGUUGGAAAGCUAGUAUAUCUGGACCAGCAGGUAUAAAAGGAUCACCUAUCCCAAGUGAAUUAGCUACAUUGCUGUUAGAAGCGAUAUUGAUAGAUACGAGUGGGCUUAAACUGAAUCGUAAAGCUACUCCGGUAGAUUACACUUCUUCUCAAUUCCUAUAUCCCUUAUCUACCUUAUACUCUAACAACAACCCUGCGCCCUCACAAUCAAAUGGACAAAAUGGUAAUAUAGUGGAAUUUUCCCAAGAUGGUUCGAACAUGCCUCAAGAUUUGACGAGUCUAACAGAGAAUUUACAAACCACAAAAUCUGAUGUCUCUUCGCUCACCACUCCUCAACUCUUGUUGAGGGAUUAUAAAGAAUAUCUCUUACCUACUUCUUCAAGCUCCUAUCCCACUCUGAAAGUCGGAUUAUCCACUGUCCCCUUAGGUCUCAAAGUUUGGUUGGACAAGGAACCUAAUGGAUUUGAGAGUUUCUUGGAAGAGGUAGAAUUAUAUAUGUCGGAGAAAGAUCUAGAUAUUGAAGGAGUUUUGACUACUUUCUCGAACUCUCAGGGUAAACAUCGAAGAGAACUUGCUCUAAUCGUCCGCACGGGAAGUACACUGCGUGGCGAAGAAGUUGCAAAGAGGGUGGUGGAAGAAUUGAAAGUUGGUUUGGAGUCUAGUGGAGAUAUAUUAGAUUUGAAAAAAUGGAAUAAAGAUGAUAAGACUUCUGAACUUAGUGUAUGGGAGAAAUGGAAUGAUAAGGUUGUGGUUUGGAAGCAGGGCAAUACGAAAAGUACAAGAAAACAGGUGGCACCUUUACUUGUAAGUGAUUGA